AUGGACAAUUUGUGGCCAAAUUCUAAAGGUGGCAAUGAAUCUGAUUAGUCUACAUAGAUUUAUCAACAAUUUUUUUAAAAUCAUCUAAAGCCGACUGGCUUAAAGCUUUAUUUAAUUUAGAAUUAUAUCCUUAUUUUUAUGCAUAUGUACGACCUGAAGCCACAAAUUUAUAUGGUUUGUGUAAUCAAUCAUAAUAAUUUGGCUUCAUCAACUUGUUUGUCCAAAACAGGUUUAUUUAAGGACAAAACUGGUUAAGAAAUUUUCAGUCCUUACAAAUACAUCUCAUUAGUAAUAAGUACUUAAUGUAUUUGUUCUGAUUGUAUUUUUCAAACUGCAAUUAGUUUAUUCUAAAUGGAGACAUCGACUAAAACUUGCUUAUUAAAUGAAUAUUAUAUCUUAAAGUACUUGUAUAGCAGUUUCUAGUUUUUUUGACUUAAACAAAAGUUAACAUCAUACUUUUAAUAGCUGUCAUGAUCUUUCAUUAAAAAUUAGUGCAGUUGAAUGAGCAGCAUAAAGUAUACAAAUGGGCCAGUUAUGAAAGAGGUAAUUUUAUUUCUACAUCACAGUCAAUAUUACCUUACGAUUAUUGAAAACAAAAUUGAGUUUGGAAUACUACUGGCAGUUCAAGUUCACUAUUUUAAUUUUUGUACUUAAAUUAAUGAUGUAGCAUUUGUGGAAAUUGGCUUAAAUAUGUUAAAAAAGGACCUGUUCAUUAAAAAAAUAUAAAAAAGUUGUGCAUAUACUCUAACACAAAUGUAAAGAACUUAGUAUUAAUUGUGAAGAUGGAAAUAAUCAUUUAGAAACUCAAAGUGGUUGUGAAAAUGCUGAUUCAAAAUUAUUGUAGACUUUUUCUACUUGUAUCUUCUUUUAUUGCUGA